UUGUGGCCGCGAGGCAUGCGACGCGGACAUGGGCGUGCGCCGCCUGAGCAGCACGCAGAGGGAUGUGUACGUGCGGCUGACGGAGUUUCUCCUUGCGGAGGAGUAUUGUUGA